CUUCAUAGAAGGACACUUUGCAACAAUCCUUACUCUAGAGUCUGAAGAGACCCCACAGGCCAUCCAGCCAUAUUCGAUGCUUAUACGACGAGGAGACGGAGGCGGAGUAGCCUCUUCGGGCCUCCUUGGCUCCCCCUUCGCUUGGCCUUCGAGUGGGCCGGCCUUAGAGCAAGCAGGGCCGGGCCGAGGAUGGCAGCGGCCCGGAGGGGAGGAGCCCAAGGGCCAGGCGGCAGCCAUCCAUCGCUCCUUGGAGCCGGAGCCAACUCGGCGCCGCGGGCUUGCGGCCUAGCUUUCCAGCCGAGGCCUGCCGUUCGCCGGGUAGGCCUCGAUCGUUGCCGUGGCAACGCGGCCUAGUCGUAGGCCUUAACGAAUGUAGGCCUGGGAUGGAAAGGCAACUUGCCUAACCAAGACUACUUUUCCAGGCCUUGCCAUCCACUGGGAUGUUUUUCAUGAACACCUCAGCUUUGGUGGCCCUUCAGCCGAAAUGGGAGCCCUUCUCCCAGUCAAGGAACUAUAGAUAUCCCGUCUGCUUCUCCGAGUCGGAAGACGACCUUCCCCGAUCGGCCGUCAGCACCAAAGUUCAGGUGAUCAUCAACAACCUGCAAAGCGAAGACUCCUCUCUGCACAGCAGCCAUGAAUAUGGCUGCCUCGUGCCAAAGAAACCGAAGGCAGAAAAAAGCCAAAGCCAGAACGUUAGAAGAAGCGAGAGAGUUCUGCAGAAGCGUGACUGUCCAGCCAACUCGGAUGACAUGGAAGUGGAAGAGAGAUCCAAGUUUGGAGCUCUCUUGUUGCCUUCGGACAGCGAUGAUUCGGUGGAUCGAGGCAUAGAGGAGGCCAUCCAGGAGUUCCUGAAGAACAAAGGCUCGAAUGUCCCGCCCUUGCGAAGUGGCGCCUGCGUUUUCCCCGGAAAUGAAGUUGUUCCUGACUCUUUGAAGGAUGGUACCGACCAGUGGGCUGCCUCUCCUUGCAGCGUGAGCAGCGACGAUUCUUUCGAACAAAGCAUAGAGGCGGAAAUCGAGCAAUUUUUAAACGAGAAGAAGCAGCAGCAGCAGGCGAGAAAGGAGACGACAGCUGAGGAGAAGAAGCAACUCGAUCAGAAGGAGACUCAAGAGAAAUGGGUUGUCAGGAGUCAGAGAGGAGGCACCGAGAGAGUGAGCCAAAGCUCUCUGAAGCAGGGAGACAAGGCCUUCUUCUUAAGACAGCGCUCUCAUCUACACAAUAUUGGUACUCGGUGUUUGAAGCCUGAAACUGAGGAAGAACUGGCAGGCUUCAAAACGAGGCAAACACCUUUGGCCAGCCGCUCUCUUUUCCUGGAACAAAGCAGAGAAGGUGAGAAAGGGCAAAAGCUUUGGGAAACCGGAGGAGAACAAAGCAACGACGUAUCCGAUUCAAGUAGCGAUGAUGGUAUUGAGGAAGCCAUUCAGCUUUACCAGCUUGAGAAAAUCAGGAGAGCGUCCGAGUGCCGAACCGCUCGUGUCCCUUUCCAAGCGGAAGAAGAUAUAUCAUCGCGUCUGCUGAUCCAUUCAGUGAAUGCCUUAAGCAGCAAGAGGAGAAAACUCGCCACGAAACCCAAAGAGCUAAGUAGGAUUAGCGGCAUCAGUCUGGACAGUUGCAGAACUCGCGCUCCCGUGGAAAACAGUGUUGCAACAUGUGCGCUUACGCUCCAGGCCUCUUGUCGGGCCGACACCACCGCCGAACUCAUGUGUGCCGAAGCCAUUUUGGACAUUUCUAAAACCAUCUUGCCUCCUCCUGAAGGAAGCAACCCUUUCUUCUGCUCCCGGGAAGCGUCGGCGUCUCAACACGAGAGUGACAAUAAUUCCGUGGACAGUGACGACAGCAUCGAACAAGAGAUCAGGGCCUUUUUGGCUGUCAAAGCACAAACAGAGAGCUUGAUAACGAAAUCUAACACCCAGCACUUCAAGCAGAUUCCCCGUAAACCCUUAAAACUCUCACUGAGUCAUCAGAGGAAACUGAAAGGAGAAAGUAAAAUAGUUAGAAAGACACGGGACAUGCAGCAGACACUGUUAGAGCAGAACCAUAACUACUCAAGAACCAAAAAGGAUGAUUUAAGCAUACUACACAACACUCAAAAAGUGGCUAGAUGCUAUCAGGAUACUAUGGACAUUAGCGGUUCUGUGGAUCCGACAUUACAAGGUUGUGAGAAAAAGUCAAAGCAGAGUCCGCAAAAAUGCGGGUUCGAUGACAAGAGCAGUUCCUUGGACAGCGACGAGGAUCUGGACAUGGCCAUCAAAGAGCUCUUGAGAUCGAAACGAAAGCUCAAGAAGAAGCCCAAAGACACAAGAACUCCGUGCAAGAAGAAGGUCAGGUUUGAUGAGGCCGGAGCACACAUCCUUGGGGGUGAAGAAAGAGACUGCAAAUCCCAAAAGCCUGCCUUGCUCAAGAGUUGCCUUGUGAAUUCCCAAAGGGUUGAAAAUGCGGCUUCUCGGAACGUUGUCAAGGGGAAGCCAAAAGGCACCAAGGCCAUACAGUUUAAAAAAGAUGCCCAAGAGACAUCAAAAAAUAAUAUUUGGAUGGCCACGUCCUUGACAGACGAGAGCAGUUCCAUCGACAGCGAUGACAGCAUUGAGCAGGAAAUUCAGAGGUUUUUGGCAGAGAAGUCUAAAUCUAUAGUAAAUAUAGAUACUCCUGGGUCCAACGGUAUUGUUGGGUGCUUAGGAACUCAUAAAUCCCAGGCAACUGAAGCAAAAUAUCAGCCAUUGCAACGUCAAAGUCAUGCUGUCUCAAAACAGAGAGGGAAAAUGAAGAAAUUGGGACCCCCGACGAUCGACCUGCGGAACUCCCCGAGACCUGAAGAAGAGACUACAGGAAACGGCAAGCGAAUAACAUCCUACGCAUUGAACUCGCAGCAAAUCCAAACAACUGCAGAGUCUGCCCAUCCUGGUAUAGCUGUAAAAAGAACUGAAGAAGGAAGCCAAAUGAUCUGCCAUGAUAAGUUGGGCCAAAGAAGUCUGACACCAGAGAGAAACACAUCCCAAAAACCCCAACUGCAAAACUGCUUUGAGCCUUUGUCUCUGUUCAAAUGUAGUUCAAAUGUGCGAGUUUAAAAUUUCCAGCAAUUUCAUCGCAGGGCUGAACAAUCAGAAUAAGAGACCUACACUUUGGGGGAGAAGCCAGGGCACAGAAUUGCCUUUGCUCCAAAGGCAAGGCGGUGUUUCUUUUGCAAAUUUGGCCGGAGAGGGGUGUGCGAUGACU